ACUCAGUGCGUCGCUCUGCUCUCUCUCUCGCUCCCCGCAGGAAGGAAGAUGGCGUCUGUCAGGAUGCGGUCGUGUGUGUCGUCGGUUCUCCUCCUGAAUGUCUUGUUCGGCGCCGUGUCCGCGCUGUAUUUCCACAUCGGAGAGACGGAGAAGAAGUGUUUCAUCGAGGAGAUCCCGGACGAGACGAUGAUCAUCGGUAACUACCGGACUCAGCUGUACGAUAAACAGAGAGAAGAGUACAUGCCGGCCACUCAGGGUCUGGGGAUGUUUGUGGAGGUCAAAGACCCUGAUGACAAGGUGAUCCUGUCUCGGCAGUACGGCUCAGAGGGGAGGUUCACCUUCACGUCGCACACACCUGGAGAGCACCAGAUCUGCCUGCACUCCAACUCCUCCAAGUUCGCCCUGUUCGCCGGAGGCAUGCUGAGGGUGCACCUGGACAUCCAGGUGGGAGAACACGCCAACAACUACGCCGAGAUCGCUGCCAAAGACAAGCUGACGGAGCUGCAGCUGAGAGUCCGGCAGCUGGUGGAGCAGGUGGACCAGAUCCAGAAGGAGCAGAACUACCAGAGGUACCGCGAGGAGCGUUUCCGUCAGACCAGCGAGAGCACCAACCAGCGGGUCCUGUGGUGGUCCAUCGUCCAGACCCUGAUCCUGGUGGCCAUCGGCAUCUGGCAGAUGAGACACCUCAAGAGCUUCUUCGAGGCCAAGAAGCUGGUGUAGCGUGUGUGCGUGUGUGUGUGCGUGCGUGUGUGUGUGCGUGUGCGUGUGUGCGUGUGCGUGUGCGUGUGUGUGUGUGCGCGUGUGUGUGUGUGCGUGUGUGUGCGUGUGUGUGUGUGCGCGUGUGCGUGUGCGUGUGUGUCGCUGCUGUCGGGAGGAAAUCAAACUGCUGAGGAGACGAGAGAGAAGCAGCUUCAAGGUCGACCUGAAGACCACGUCGUUAGUUCUUUGAUGUUCUCGUUGUUUUCUCACCUGUAUUUAUUACACCGAGGUUGUCAUGGUGACGGCCGAGAGGAUCUCACGGUGUGUCACCGGCCACUGGAGAUGGUUGUCAUGGUGACGGCCGCGAGGAGCUCACGGUGUGUCACCGGCCACUGGAGAUGGUUGUCAUGGUGACGGCCGCGAGGAGCUCACGGUGUGUUACCGGCCACUGGAGAUGGUUGUCAUGGUGACGGCCGCGAGGAGCUCACGGUGUGUCACCGGCCAUUAGAGAUGGUUGUCAUGGUGACGGCCGCGAGGAGCUCACGGUGUGUUACCGGCCACUAGAGAUGGUUGUCAUGGUGACGGCCGCGAGGAGCUCACGGUGUGUCACCGGCCACUAGAGAUGGUUGUCAUGGUGACGGCCGCGAGGAGCUCACGGUGUGUCACCGGCCACUGGAGAUGUUUUUUCAAAGCAAAAGCAGAAAUUAUAAUCUGGAUUCAACUGUAAAUUCAUUUUGUGAAACAUUUUCUGGAGAUUCUGCAACAAAAGUAAAAAGAUGACGGCUUUCCUACGUUGUUGUUGUUGUUGUUGUUUGCUCGAAGUUCACUAUAGGUAUUCGUGUGCUGCAUCUUUUCGGGUUCAGUUCUGGUAGUUAGAUUAUGAACACAGUCGGCCAUCAGACCUUAUGACCUCUGACCUCUGAACUGGUGUUCUCACUAAUUUGGGCUUCAACACCAACGAAGAUCUAAAUACCUGAAAACGAGGAUGCUGAUGCACUCAACAACAACAACAACAACAACACAGCUUCAGUUUCCACCUGAAGAUGAUAUUUAUAUAUUUAUUCUCUUCAAACACACCAAACCUCUUUCAUAAAAACAGUCAAUUAAGAGGUUUGGUGUGUUUGAAGAGAAUAAAUCUCUAAAUAUCAUCUUCAGGUAAAGAGUACUUUGUACUGCAGUACAACACAGAAGUACUUCAUCCACCUGUACUGUCACAGAACCCUCAGACCUAGAGGGGUGAAACGUCCCCUUUAAACAUUAUUAUUUAGUUCCAUUAAACAUUAUUAUUUAGUUCCAUUGACCAGGGGGACGUUUCUUCUCGUGUUUCAGUGAAACUCGUCCAGACGAGAACAAACAAACUGAACGGAACCUUUAAAUCUUCUGCUGGUGAUUCAUCUUAAAAGCCACCGUCGCUUUAAAAGAGAAAAAAACAACUGAAGAUGACAAUAAUAAUAAUCAUAAUAAUAAUCUGCCAAUCGUGGGUUCUUUAGCUGAGAUGCCAACGAGCACAUUUAUUACAUGUCCAUGGUUGACGAGCAGCUCCUGAACUGGGAGAACUGGUUUGACAGUGAAUGAAUGAAACGUUUGUUUCUCUUUUCGGGGACAAAAUCGCGACCCGUCAAAAUAAAGUUUAAGUUCUCAGUCGGACUGGAACCUCUUAAAUAAAGGUUCUACUUCCUUCUCCCUUCUUUCCUUCUUCUUCUCUGGUGGGUUUAUGUUUCAGACAUGUUUUGGGUUAGAAUCUGAAUCGGUUGGUUUUGUGUUUCUUGAUUUAAUUUAAUUUCUUUUGGAGAUCUUCUUACGUGUGAAACCGUCUCAAACUUGCACUCGGAAUAAAGUUUUGUCACAUUUGG